AUAACGACUUUGUGGGGAGCUUUGGACAUUAGUGAUAACUGACUAGCACAACUAUUAUGUUUUCUUGGAAAAUCGGUUGAAUAAUCGCCAUCAAUGCACUUAAUUCGCAUUGCACUUCUGAUGGGAUGAUUUGCAUGUGAGGAAGAUGUCUGGGACUUGAUGAGAGGAGCAUGAACAUCAACGAGCUGUCCACGUCGACCAUCCGUUUAUAUAAUCUAGAAAUCACUCGUAAUUUCGAUCUCUCAAGACCCAGUGAUUGACACCCACAAUCAGCCCUUCACUCGUCCCCCGAUGUCCUUCAAUCCCACCAACUCCCACUGAUUACAAAUUAGCAAGUAAAUUAGAUAUUUUUAAGACAAAGGUCAAGGGACCUCUUUUGCAGGUGCUAAAAUUCUGUUGAUGAAUGAUUUUGUGUCAAUUUAUCCUCAAAUCAACGAUUAGAGAGAAAAUUUGGUGUUUAGACGAAUGAGAAAGGGGGACAAGCUUUUACGCACUACAUUAACACCGAUAAACACAUAUAAUGACAUCGUCCCAUUUUUGGAACCACGUGUUGGACAUUUUUCUAACCCACUGUAAACAAAUACCAGUGCGUGAACGAAUGAUUGGUUUUCCAAGAUGUUUUUCGAUGAUUCAUUCGUCUCUCAGAACGACCCAGAGAGCAAUGCAGAGCAACAACUCUUCCAGUUUUACAUAUCAGGACGCCGUCAGAGCGCUGAAUUCCCUCCAGACAAAUGCAGCUUACAUCCGAGCAGCACCAAAGCACAAUGCUAUCAACACCACGUUACAUGACACCCACAAAUAUCUUGCAAGAUCUGGACUGUCCGUCGAGGAUCUCGACUCCUUGGCUGUAAUUCACAUAGCGGGAACCAAAGGAAAGGGUUCAACGUGUGCCCUGGUGGACUCGGUCCUCCGAGCUCAUGGAUUCCGCACAGCUCUCUACACAUCCCCGCACUUAAUCACUGUUCGCGAGAGAAUAAGAAUAAAUGGUGUUGCCAUCUCUGAAGAAGACUUUACUAAACACUUUUGGAAACUGUACAACUGUCUCGAUGCCAGAAAAGAGGGGCCAAAUGACAUGCCACCCUACUUCAAAUUCCUCACGCUGAUGAUGUUUCAUUACUUUUUAAGUUCACCAAUUGACGUGGCAAUAAUUGAGGUGGGAAUUGGAGGAGAACACGACUGCACAAACGUUCUUAAAUCCCCCAUCUGCACUGGCAUAACUGCCCUGGGGCUUGAUCACACUUCGAUGCUCGGUGACACUUUGUCCAGUAUUGCCUGGCAAAAAUCCGGAAUUUUCAAACCCAAUGUGCCUGCAUUUACGGUGGAACAGCCACCAGAAGCAAUGGAAACUCUGAAUAAAAGAGCUAUCGAGAAGAACUCCCCAUUGACUGUUGUCCCUGACUUGAGUGCCUACCAGUGGAGCAAGUUCCCACCUGACAUCGGUAUUCACGGGGACAUUCAACUCGAGAAUGCUGCAUUGGCUAUCAAAUUGGUGGAGGCUUGGAUCAACUCAGUGAAGAUUCACAAUAACGAAAAUUUUAUGCCCCAGAAUGGAAAUCUACGGGGGUUGGAUUUAAAAAGCGUUGAAAGGGGAUUGAAAAACUGCAAGUGCCCGGGGAGAACGCAAAUUUUGCGGGGGAAAUCGGCGGAUUAUUAUUUGGAUGGGGCACACACAGCUGCUAGCAUGAAGGUCUGCGUUCAGUGGUUUAAGAAGACUCAAGAAACGAAGACCAACAGCAAAAAAAUAUUGAUUUUCAAUUCUACGGGAAAUCGAGAUUCCGCUCAGCAUUUGGAUAUUUUGAGGGAGAUCCGUUUUGCAAAAGCCUACUUUGUACCUAAUUUGUCGGGGAGGCACCGUCCUGAUCAGGAUAAUUUCACGAUUUCGAAUGAGGAGCAACUGAUGAAGUGUCAAUACCACUGUAAUAUUUGGGGGAAAGGGGGUGUUACUGGAAACUCAUUGUUGACAGUACUCAAGAGGAUUCGAGAGGAGUUCAGUAAAGAGAAUAGGGUACAAGUGCUGGUCACUGGAUCUCUACAUUUGGUGGGAGCUGCUCUCGAUGUAUUAGAUCCCGAAUUGACUAUGCAAACAGAUUUCUAAAUCAUUUUAUUGUAAUUGUUAAAUAUUUUUGGUUAUAUGGUUGUAUAAAAAUUUAUUUUUUAUGAGAAAUUUAUUUUGAAUCUCAGUGAUAACGGGUUAAUUUUAGAGAAACUAUUUUCCUCGUAAUUUAGUUUAAUGAUAAAAAUUAUCUCUGUCCUGAGGAGAAGAUCACGUUGCGAAGAAUAAGCAUAAAAUUCUUAUCAAUUCCGUACCGAUUAUUGAUCAUAAAUACAUUUUGGUUAUUGACUUUUACAGAGCAUCUCAAUCGAUGCAAUCAUUAUACAGUUGCAGACUUUUCUAAGGAGUUAUAAUGGAGCCUGAAUGACUGAAUUACUUGAAUAAAAAUAUUCAUAUUCCUUUUGAACAAAAA